GAGGAGGCUCCUGCGUACGGAGGUGGGCGGUCCGUUCAGCCACAUGGUUCAGACGGGGUUAUGACGCGUCCCCAAAUGAACCUGACGGAGCGAAGACACAAAUAGGGGCUGCGCGCGAUUGUAGGCGAAACAGAGUCGGGACGAUUGAACGGCGACAGUCGGUUGUACUUUAAAGGCGGAUAACCGUGAAAACCGUUUGAUAAUUGUGUGAUAAUUGUUUAAAAGUCUUAAAUCGUCUUGACACGAGAAGACUUUCUUCAGCAGAAGAAGCGGGAGAGUUUUGGACCGAAUGGUGGAGCAAUUGCUACAUCAAUAAACCUGACAUUGAACAACUAACUUGAGCAACCAACCCAACAUUUCACAUCAGGAGUCAUAAAUACCCCCAAGAAUGUUCGAAGAGUCAUCUCAGGAGAUAAGAGAGCAGAAUGGCGUAGUCAUGAAGGUCAUGGAACCUGCUCUCACUACAGGGUUGCUGGGGUUAAAUGUGGCAGCUCCCAGCAGCACAAUGUCCUUCACAGAUGAGGCUGUGUCCAUUCUUACCUCAAGUAAUUUGCUAGCUCGUUCGCUCCUUGGCCAAACAACAGCAGUAAAACGCAAAGAAACCGUUCCAGGUUACGCCACAGCAAGACGGAAGCGAGAGUUUAUUCCUUACGAAAACAAGGACGAGGGCUACUGGGACAAGCGCAAGAAAAACAACGAAGCCGCAAAGCGCUCGCGCGAGAAACGUCGAGUUAAUGAUAUGGUGCUGGAAAACCGCGUGCUCGCGCUGCUUGAGGAGAACGCCAGGCUGAGAGCGGAACUCCUCGCCCUUAAGUUUCGCUUCGGCCUGAUUAAAGAUCCGUCUAGCGCUCCCAUUCUCCCACUCACGACAGGAACCUGCAUCCCACAACCUUCCACCACACAUUACUACCUUCCACGUGGGGAUGGACCCCACCAUGCUGGUCCAACGAUGCCGCACCAGUCGCCUGCUCAGAGUGGAGCCCAAUCUGGGAGAGGUAAUAAAGACACAAGCAGUAUGUCUGAAGAUUCGGGGUUCUCCACUCCUGGUGGGUCCAGUGUCGGAAGUCCGGUCUUCUUUGAGGACAGGCUGAGCGAUCACGGCAAACUGUCGCCACACCGAGCAGAUGAGCUUGGCUACGAGUACCAUCACUCCCUAAAUACAGAUGGCGCCUUAGCCGUGGGACAUGUAACCAUGUCAUCCAGUCGGGUGGAGUCAAUGGAAGGUAUAAGGUGUCUUCCGCACAAACUGCGGUUUAAAUCUCCAGGCAACGGCGAAGGGGACAAUCCUGGAGACCGACAAAGUCCUGUCCUGCCUGUGGGGGUCGCUAGAGUUCACAGCCUGUCUGGUACAAGUGAAGGGUCUGGUUGCUGGCCACAACAGGAUGGGGAGGAAACCAGAAAAGUGAUGCCACAGCAGCACGGCAAUCCCGCCAGCAGUUACAGCCACAACAUAAAUCCCAAUGAAUCGCAUUUCCAAGUUGAGAACAGUAUGCUCAAAUCUCAGCUCGGUUCUCUCAGUGAGCAGGUGGCCCAGCUCAAAAAGCUCUUCUCCGAGCAGAUACUCACCAAAACGAAUUAAAGACAUUUUAAAGACGGCCAGGGUCAAAUAUUUACAUAUGAACGUCCAUAAAUCCACAAUUAUAUUUCCUCAGUUUAAUCCUAAAAGAGAGAUAUGAUGAAAAGAUAGUAACAUGCACAUUACUACCUACCUCUUCACUCUUGGUCAUAGCCAAAUUGGGCCUAGCAUAUAAAACUCCAUAUUCAGGAACAUGCAAGAAGUUGACGAGACCACAUUUUGGACACGUAUAUCACUGCAUUGUUGUAAACUGCAACACCUCACCUCGAUUGAUUCACUUCCUCCUUUGCAUCAAACACUGUGAUCUUGCUCACAACAAAGUGUGCAUCCUUUUUCAUAGAUUUAUUCCUCUAUUACGUGCCAACACUACUGUUGCGUUUUUAAAGACCUAUCAGUUCACAAGACGUGAUAUGUGCGGUCUUUACACUGUAAUAUUUCUUCUGCAACUCCAUUUGUUUGCAACAUAUGCUGCAGAUUAACGCAGAACAAGCAACACCAGAGGGGGCAAAAAAACCUUGCAUCUGUUAACAUCAUAUGGUUCAUUCUAAGUGGCAGUUUUUCUUGAAAUCAUUUGGUUCAUUAUCACCACCAUGAACCAGUAGCAUCCCAGCACAGGACUGCAUUAUUAAUUUCCAUUCAGAUCACUGCCGUUGUCCCGUCAAGCAUCAUAUCUGAAAAACAAACACUGUUAUUUGCAUUUUGAUGGUGGGAUUUCUGUUGUCUUGUGAGUUCUCGUGUAUUUGUACAGUAAAUAUACAUAAUGUUUGUGUGAAUAAAUCUUUGAACAGCA